GCGUCGCAGUUAUGGACUCUGGUGAACUGCGGUCAACUGCGGUAUACCACGGUAUACAAUACAACACAAUACAACCAGUGACUGCCAGCAGUGACGACCUGAUAUAACCUACAGAAAACAGAUGUAUAGGUGUUCUUCAUUUUAUUUCUUACAUUGUUGAAAAACCAUAUAUGUACAAAGUAUAUCUUGUAUUCUGUUAUUAAAUCAUUGAACUGAUAUAUUUGACAUAUUAAGUAAUACAAGUAGAAUCGUAGUAAUUAAUAAACUAGUCAUGAAUGAUUUUGCAAAGUCUCAGCUUUUGAAAUAUGGCUGGUCAGAAGGUAAAGGUUUGGGUAAACAUGAAAAUGGUAUCACAGAGGCAUUAAAACCAAAAUUAAAAUUUGAUACAACAGGAAUAGGACAUCAAGUUAACAAUUGGAAUAACUGGUGGGAAACUGCUUUUAAUAAAGCUGCUAAUAACAUUAAGUUGAUUCACAAGUUCAUGAUGUUUCCAUAUCUGUUUCAAAAGAAAAUACAACCAAUAAUUUAUCAAAAGAUUUAAAUAAAAAACAGUUUCAAUCCCCUAUAAAUUAUGGAAACUUUCUUAAAACUUCUACACUUCUUAAUGGUAAUCUGAUAACAGAAAAAUAACUCUAAUGCAUCCAAAGUAGAAGAUGUACUCAUGUUUCAUUAACUGAUGAAGAAUUAUUUAAAAUAUGUGUGGCAGAACGCUCACAAAAGGAGCUAGACAUGGUUUACCUUAAAUGGUAAGCUAAAUCGGAUUGCA